UUCCUUCCAUCCAAACGCCGACUUAGGGUUUAAUCAAACCUGAAAUCCGAUCACUCCCAUUCCGCCUCCGCCUCCGCCGGGAGUCAUCUGCUCACCCACAAAGCAAUCGAGUAUUUCCCUGACGUUUGGUUUUCCGCGGAAUGGCGAACGACAAUGGGUCAAUUAAACUGGUGGAGAUCGCGAACAAAGGAAGGGCAAUGGUUUCUUCCCGUCCGUUGAAGGGCGGAGAAAUCGUCCUCAGAGACUCGCCUAUCGUCCUUUAUUCCGCCGUCCCUCACGGCGGCGCCAAUUACUGCGGCCACUGCUGCAGGACGAUUCUUCCCCACUCACCGACGCUGGUUUCGUGCCCUAAUUGCUCCACCGCUUCGAUUUUCUGCUCGCCGGACUGCCGAUCGGCCGCUCUGUCGACGUCUCACACUCAAUUCGUCUGCCAGGCUCUAUCUCGCCUCCGCUCCGGCGAUUCUCCGGCGAUCGACCACGACCGCCUAUUGCAAGCUCGAUUUCUGGUCUCCGCCUACAAUCUCGCAACAGUUGCGCCGCCUGAUUUCCGGACUCUCCUUUCGCUUCAAGGUGAAGCUUUCAUCGACGAUGCAUCCGUUUUCCUACAUUCGUUAAUUUCGUCGAUUUUGCCUGCCGCAUCAAAUUUGGGGCAAUUCGGGUUUUCAGUAGAGCUGACAUCUGCAUUGUUGGCUAAGGACAAGGUUAAUGCAUUCGGGCUAAUGGAGCCCUUCGAGCAGGGGAAGGAAAGGUCUGUUAGGGCAUACGGCAUAUAUCCGAGAGCGUCGUUUUUCAACCACGACUGCCUCCCGAAUGCCUGCCGGUUCGAUUAUGUGGAUUCGAAGUCCGAAUUCCGGAAUACUGAUAUGGUUGUAAGGGUCAUCCACGACCUCCCCGCCGGGAGGGAGAUUUGCCUGAGUUAUUUUCCGGUCAAUCUUAAGUAUGCCGAGAGGCAAAAGAGGUUGAAGGAGGAUUACGACUUUACGUGUAAUUGUGACCGGUGCAAAGUCGAGGCGAAUUGGUCGGACAAUGAUGAUGAUGGGGAGGGAGGAGUUUCCGAGGUGGAUGAAGAUAUGGAUGAGGAUGUUGCUGAUGAUUUAGAGGCUGAAGAUUGUGACAAUGUUGGUAAUGGAAACGAUGAUUUUCCACAUGCUUAUUUCUUUGUAAGGUAUAUGUGCGGUAGAGACGAUUGUGGGGGCACGUUGGCUCCCCUGCCCGCAGCUGAUUCUCGAGGAUCUACCGUUAUGGAGUGUAAUGUUUGCGGCAACUUGAGCGAGUGCGAUGGAAUGGAUGGAAAUUAGCAAUUUUGGCUCAGCGAUCUUUAAGAUACACAAAUUUUGAUCACAUCUCGGCAUUACAACACUAUCGUUCGGAUGCU